AUGGCCGACUUUGAAGGCAUCCCGUUUGUCUCGACAAUUAAUACAACAAAAGAUGGCUAUGAUCCUGGCUCUCGGUACACGACUACCACGUUAACAGGACUCGUUGUCGCCGGCGUUCUAUUGUUGUCAUCCCACUUUCUGUUCCGGAGUUACCAAACCGACAAGUCGAACUAUAAAAUCCCCAAAGGACCAAAGGGUCUCCCAAUAAUCGGAUCUUUUCUGUUUCUAAGUCACUAUCCUGAACUCACGCUCGACAAAUGGGCUAAACGAUUUGGUUCCCUGUACUCAGUCUGGCUUGGCAAACAGCUCGUUAUCGUCAUUUCCAGCCCCGAUGUUGCCAAAGACCUUAUGGUGUCGAACGGUGCUAUUUGCUCCUCUCGCAAAGACAUGUACAUUAAGAGCCAGACGAUAUUUGCCGGGCGGGGCAUCACUGCGACCCCAUAUAAUGAUACAUGGCGAAGACAUCGUCGUAUCGCGAAUGCUUGGCUGCACCAAAAGGCCGUUGACAAGUUUACUUCCGUCUUUGACAGGGAGGCCACCGACAUGGUCAACUGCCUCCUGGAAGCAAGCCAAAGUGGUGCCGCGCUGGUUAAUCCUCAGUCCUUUGCUGGCCGCUGCUCACUCAACAACAUGUUGAGCAUUGUGUUUGGUGUAAGAACGGCCUCGGUACAGGAUCCACUCGUAUCGACAGCUCUACGACUGGGUCGAGAAUUCAUGAAUUGUACAGGACCAGUAUCCAACCUGAUCGAUUUUCUGCCACUACUAGAAUACUUCCCCUCCGAGGUUCGCUCGCGUGGCCAAAAGCUACACCACGACCUGGUUGAGACGUAUGGAGGUAUGAUUGAAAGAAUCAACCAGUGUAUGAGCCUCGGAAAGGAGGUUCCGGACUGUCUAGCAAGCACAUUGCUCAGGAUCCGUGAAGAAGAGGAGCUGGAUGAUCUGGACAUGGCCAUGAUUACAUCAGCUUUUAUGAUUGGCGGCGUUGAGACGACGGCAUCUAUUAUGCAGUGGUUUCAAGCACUCAUCCCGUCAUACCCCGAAAUCCAGCAACGCGCCCAAGAGGAGCUAGACAGUGUUGUGGGUAGAGACCGCCUGCCCGAUAUUAAGGAUGAACAGCACCUCCUAUACUGCCGUGCGGUGAUUAAGGAAGUUGAGCGGUGCUACAAUCCGUUCUGGCUAGGAACGCCGCACGCAACAUCCGAGGAUCUCGUAUAUAAAGGACAGCUGAUCCCUAAGGACACGGUCCUGGUCCUAAAUACAUGGACUAUACACCACGACGAGGUGCGAUUCCCAGAACCAGACAAGUUCAACCCUAGUCGCUACCUAAAUGACACCCUCACGUCCGCACAAAGCUCCAACUUGGCCGACGCCAACCAGCACGAUCACUGGAUGUUCGGCGCCGGCCGGCGCAUCUGCCCGGCAAUCUGCGUCGCGGAGCGCGAGAUCUGGCUAGCCAUCUCGCGCAUGCUAUGGUCCUUUCACAUGGAAACCGCACCAGGACACGCCGUCGAUCUGAAGCAGUACGACGGUCUAUCAGGACGGUCGCCUGUGCCCUUCAAGAUCCGCUUGCGGCCUAGGGAUGGGAAUGUUGCUAAAAUUCUGAAGGGGGCUCUUGAGAAAGUUGCUUGA